ACGUCUGCGCUGCGUCACGUCGCCUCCUCAUCACGCACGGGCCUGGCUCGCUUCCUUCCAUGCUCCGCGCCCCUCGAGCUGUCAUAAUUUCACCGGGAGAGGCGAAGGGCAUCCGGGAUACAGGCCUAGAGGGGAGCUGCUGAAACUCAUUUUGGAGUGGACAAACGGACUUGUGGACACUUUCUUCCUCCCUGUUUUUCCUGGGACUAACCCCGGUGGAGUGACUUUUUUUGAAUCCCGUCGUUGUUCUGAGGUUGAGGACGUCCGGCCCGUCGGCCUGACCACCACCAACGUGUGUGUGAUACUUUAAGGACUGCAAAUGCAUCGUUUAAGGACUUGUGCGGCGCGGUUGCGUCCGCUAACCGCCUCACAGGCGGCGCAGACUGUCGGCCCACAGCGGCCAAUCACAGGCCCCUCCAGAGGUGGCACAAGGACGUUUCUGCCAAUCAGGUGCUACACGGCACCUGUGGCCUCGGAGCCGUUCCUGAACGGGACGAGCUCCAACUAUGUGGAGGAGAUGUACUUUGCCUGGAUGGAGGACCCCAAGAGUGUCCACAAGUCAUGGGAUGUUUUCUUCAGGAAUGCUAACGCCGGCGCCCCCCCCGGUGCAGCCUACCAGUCUCCUCUGGGUCUGUCUGCAGCUCCUCAGCUCUCCUCUCUGGUUGGAGCGCAGCCCAACGUGGAGAAGCUGGUUGAGGAUCACCUGGCGGUCCAGUCCCUCAUCAGGGCCUACCAGAUCCGAGGGCACCAUGUGGCCCAGUUGGACCCCCUCGGCAUCAUGGACACCGAUCUGGACUCGUGUGUCCCCAAUGACAUUAUCACCUCCUCCGACAAGCUGGGUUUCUACGGUCUGGAUGAGUCCGACCUGGAAAAGGUGUUCCGGCUGCCAACCACCACCUUCAUCGGAGGCUCGGAGACCGCCCUGCCGCUGAAGGAGAUCAUCCGUCGACUGGAGAUGGCGUACUGUCAGCACAUUGGGGUGGAGUUCAUGUUCAUCAACGACCUGGAGCAAUGUCAGUGGAUCAGACAGAAGUUCGAGGUUCCGGGAGUGAUGCAGUUCGAUCUGGAGGAGAAGAGGACGCUGCUGGCCCGCAUGGUCCGCUCCACCAGGUUUGAGGAGUUCCUGCAGAAGAAAUGGUCUGCAGAGAAACGUUUUGGUCUGGAGGGCUGCGAGUCUCUGAUCCCGGCUCUGAAAACCAUCAUCGAUAAAUCCUCUGAGAGCGGGGUGGAGAAUAUCGUCAUGGGAAUGCCUCACAGGGGCCGUCUGAAUGUCUUGGCCAACGUGAUCCGUAAGGAGCUGGAACAGAUCUUCUGUCAGUUUGACUCCAAACUGGAAGCUGCUGAUGAGGGCUCUGGAGAUGUGAAGUACCAUCUGGGAAUGUACCAUCGGCGUAUCAACCGUGUGACGGACAGGAACAUCACCUUGUCUCUGAUGGCCAACCCGUCUCAUCUAGAGGCAGUGGAUCCCGUGGUGCAGGGAAAGGUCAAAGCUGAGCAGUUCUACUGUGGAGACAACGACGGCAAGCGGGUGAUGUCCAUCCUGCUCCACGGAGACGCAGCUUUCGCCGGGCAGGGUGUCGUCUACGAAACCUUCCACCUGUCUCACCUGCCGUCCUACACCACGCACGGCACCGUGCACGUUGUCGUCAACAACCAGAUCGGCUUCACUACAGAUCCUCGUGUGGCUCGCUCCUCUCCGUAUCCAACCGACGUGGCUCGGGUCGUCAACGCUCCCAUCUUCCACGUCAAUGCCGACGACCCGGAGGCCGUCAUCUACGUCUGUAAGGUGGCCGCCGAGUGGAGGGCCACGUUCCACAAAGACGUGGUGGUCGACCUGGUUUGUUACCGUCGGAUGGGUCACAACGAGAUGGACGAGCCGAUGUUCACACAGCCGCUGAUGUACAAACAGAUCAAGAAGCAGAAGCCGGUUCUGCAGAAGUAUGCAGAGAAACUGAUCGCAGAGGGAGCCGUCAACCGGCAGGAGUACGAGGAGGAGAUUGCCAAAUAUGACAAGAUCUGUGAGGAGGCAUACAAUCGCUCCAAAGAUGAGAAGAUCCUCCACAUCAAGCACUGGCUGGACUCCCCCUGGCCUGGUUUUUUCACUCUGGAUGGACAGCCAAAGGCCAUGAGCUGCCCCUCCACCGGCCUGACUGAAGAGAUGCUGAACCACAUCGGGGGCGUGGCCUCGUCCGUCCCUGUGGAGGACUUCACCAUCCACGGAGGUCUGAGUCGUAUCCUGAAAAGCCGCGGCGAGAUGAUUCGUAACCGCACAGUGGAUUGGGCUCUGGGAGAGUACAUGGCCUUCGGAUCUCUGCUGCAGGAGGGAACCCACAUCAGGCUGUCGGGGCAGGACGUGGAGCGAGGCACCUUCAGCCACCGUCACCAUGUGCUCCACGAUCAGAACGUGGACAAGAGGAUCUGCAUUCCCAUGAACCACCUCGCUCCUGACCAGGCGCCGUACACCGUCUGCAACAGCUCGCUGUCCGAGUACGGAGUCCUUGGCUUCGAGUUGGGUUUUGCGAUGGCGAGUCCCAACGCUCUGAUCCUGUGGGAGGCUCAGUUCGGAGACUUCCACAACACGGCCCAGUGCAUCAUCGACCAGUUCAUCUGUCCCGGGCAGGCCAAGUGGGUCCGGCAGAACGGCAUCGUGCUGCUGCUGCCGCACGGCAUGGAGGGCAUGGGUCCGGAACAUUCUUCAGCUCGUCCAGAGAGAUUCCUCCAGAUGUGCAACGACGACCCCGACGUCAUGCCGAGCCUCACAGAGGACUUUGCGGUGCGUCAGCUCUACGACUGUAACUGGAUCGUGGUGAACUGUUCGUCUCCUGGAAACUACUUCCAUGUCCUCAGACGACAGAUCCUUCUGCCAUUCAGAAAGCCUCUGAUUGUCUUCACUCCCAAGUCUCUGCUGCGUCUCCCAGAAGCCAGAUCCAGCUUUGACAUGAUGCUUCCUGGCACUCAGUUCCAGAGGCUGAUCCCAGAGGGAGGCUUAGCGUCGCAGAGCCCGGAGGAGGUGAAGCGCGUGAUCUUCUGCACAGGGAAGAUUUACUACGAGCUGGUGAAAGAGAGGAAGAACAGAGGCAUGGAGUCUACUGUGGCCAUCGCCCGCAUGGAGCAGCUGUCCCCGUUCCCCUUCGACCAGGUGAAGGCCGAGUCGGAGCUUUAUGCCAAUGCUGACCUGGUGUGGUGUCAGGAGGAGCACAAGAACCAGGGUUACUACGACUACGUGAAGCCCCGCAUCAGGACCACCACCCAGAGAGCCAAACCUGUGUGGUAUGCUGGCAGAGGCCCCGCUGCCGCCCCAGCGACAGGAAACAAGAAGGCUCACCUGAUGGAGCUGAAGCGCUUACUGGACAACGCCUUCGGCCUGGACGCGUUCAAAGACCAGCAGUAGACCUGUGACCUCUGACCUGCAACACCUGGAAUAAACCUUCACCUGUCUGACCUUUGACCCCCAACCCUCCUGGAUUCAGUGUUGACACAUAUUCACUGCACACACUCACACACACAUUGUAAUACUGCAUAUGCUAAUAAUACAUUUGCGUACUUCUACAAUUACAGCACACUGCAGAUUCUCCAAACAUGGUGAAAUACUUAGUACACAGUGUACUACAUAAAGAUCAUCACAAAUGUUACAGUUUAAAAACUGCAGAAAUUGAUACAACUUAUUGGGGACUUUGUAUGGGAAAAAUAUAUAUAUUACUUAAUAUUCCGGAAUAUUCCAGAUUUUCUUGCGAAUAUAUACAUUUAUUAUCUCAGAGUAUAUUCAAGUUUUUCUCCGUAACUUUAUAUCUUCGAGGAAUAUAACAUUUUUCUUUGUAAAUGUACCACUUUGAUAUCAGAGAAUCUCCACGUUUUCUCUGAAGAAAUUCAUUGUUACUCCGACGUUUUAUUCCAGUAACCUGAGACCGACCUGCAGUGUGUACAUUAUGGUAUCUGUAUUUGGUAUUAUUGUAGCAGACGCAUUGUGUUAUUAAUCUAUUCGUGGUAUAUAAGUGUACUACUGAAGUACACAGUGUACUACUGCAGUAAAGACAUGAACUGUCAGUGCAGUAAGUACUGUGCACUGUUCAGUACUACAGCAGCACUCAGCUCCACUACAGCAACACAACAUGUAGCUUUAACACAGACUACUACUGAUACAAAGUAUUUGAUACUCAAGCAUCUAAACUCGAGUAAUACAUGAUAUACAGAGUCUAAAGACGGACAGAGAUGUCAAUGAGAGAAAAUGCAACCGAUGACAAAGCUCCUGUUGCUUUAAAUUCACUGUCAAUUAAAUAUAUUAGAAACGCUGAUCUAGCAAUGCAAGAACUACAAAAUUGUGCUCUUAAAUCAGCAACAUUUUGAACAAGGUCUGGUGCUGUGUAACAACAGAGGUUUGGGCCUUUUUCUCUGUUCUGCAGUCAUGAAGACAUUGUAGCCAACAUGAAACAAACUGUUGGAAAAAUAAGAAAAUAAAAAGUUGACUGGUGGAGUGAAGCCUGAACCUGAGUUUAAAGGUCAAACACACACACACACACACACACACACACCUUCCUCCGUCCACACACACUCCAGCUGUAUUAUGUAACUGCAUGUCAGCAGUCAUUACGUCAUCACCAUCAUCUCUACUUCCCCUGAAGCGUUGCAGGAAACAUUUUACUUUUAGUUUAACAUAAAUGCUCAUUAGCAUAUGUAGCGCUCCCUGUUGAAAGCCAAUGGGAAUGCGGCUAGCUGGUACAGUGAGAGUGGAAUCUCUACAGCAGGUGGAGGGUUUUCUUGCCUUUCAGCAGGUAUGUUAAAGAACAAGUCUGUAACUAGUCACCAUGGCAGCGCUUAACUCGCACAUUGAGAUUUUAAUGUUUUACUUUGACAAAGGAUUUUUGGGGAAUAAAAUGGCGGAGGUCUGUGCCAUCAGGUGUCCCUACAUGAGCUCAACCAAAUGCACUGCUGAAUAUGAUUUAAUCCCUCGGCUUCUUUUCUUUAGCUCUCUCUUAUCUAUCGCGAGCGUUUAUCUCGUGCCAAAACAGAGCGUCUCAUGUUUUUAUUAUUUACUACUUCGUGUUUCAGCUGAAUGAACUCUUGUCAGCAGGAAAUAAAAUCGCCUGGUUUUUAAAAAAUAAAAUGACAACAGAAGUUGAAAUCAGCUGCUGCAAAUGGUGUUCUGGUCUUCUGUGAGACAAAGAAAAUAAUUUAUUUAUUUUCAUAAUAGGGGAUUGAAAUUCUCUUUAUUCUUUUUUGCUUCAUUCAAUAAAGAAUACAGUAUGUACUGAA